UGGAACUCGUUCCCCUAGCUGAGACCCAGAAGCCGAGACCCCAGCCCGAACCCUGUUGUGGAAGGGGCCCAGGGAGUCCGCAUCUGAGUGCCCGGGACGGAGGGACGGAGCUCCAGAAUUUCAGGGUGGCUGCCCCCUCCCUCUCCUGGGAUGUCAGGAAGGAGGGGGCCACCCGUGUCCUCUACUGGGGCCCCACCGAGCCUGGGGGCCCCCAGCCCUGGCCCUCUGAGGUGGAGGAGGUGCUGACAGAUUGAGUUCCAGAAUUGCAGUAUUCAAGCCAGAUGUGUGGACCUAUGGCUGUGAUCCCAGCACUUGGGAAGCUGAGGCAGAAGGACUACCAGGAGUUCAGGGCCAGCCUGGGCUACAUAAUGAGUUCAAGGUACCCAGAGAUGCGCCCCCACCCUUGCUGCUCCCUCCCCAUCCUCCUCCUCUCCCUCUUCCCCAGUGUCCCUGUGGGGUGCCACCCCCCACCCUCCACACUGCCCCCAUUUCCAGCCCCCGAGUGGGACCUCCUGUCCCCCCGAGUAGCACUGUCCAGGGGCGCCCCUACUGGGCCCCCUCUGCUCUUCUUGCUGGAGGCUGGGGCCUUCGGGGAGACGGCGGGUGCCCCAGCUAACCGCAGUCGGCGUGGGGUGAGCGAGACGGCCCCCGCGAGUCGCAGGGGUGAGCUGGCAGUGUGUGACGCAGUGAGCGGCUGGGUGACAGACCGGAGGACGGCGGUGGAUUUGCGUGGGCGCGAGGUGGAGGUGCUGGGCGAGGUGCCCGGGGCGGGCGGCAGCCCCCUCCGCCAGUACUUCUUCGAGACCCGCUGCAAAGCCGAUGGUGCGGAGGAGGCUGGGCCCGGGGCCGGCGGAGGGGGCUGCCGCGGCGUUGACCGGCGGCACUGGGUGUCGGAGUGUAAGGCCAAGCAGUCCUACGUGCGCGCGCUGACGGCAGACGCCCAGGGCCGUGUGGGCUGGCGAUGGAUUCGAAUUGACACCGCCUGUGUCUGCACGCUCCUCAGCCGAACUGGCCGCUCUUAAGGCCCCUGCCCACGAACUGGUCGGACCUAGAAGAGAACUGGACACUGUGGGACCUGAGGAGGCCUGGCUGCUCAAGAAAGAGGCUUCAGUUUGGGAACUUAAACGAUCACAAAAUCAAGGCUUUCUGAUUUUGAAAGCUCAGUCCACGCAGGAUGUGUAAUGAAACCCCAAAUGGGGUUUUAAAGGAUGAGUAGGAAUUCUGAAGCAACCUGAGGGUAGUCAUGGACAUUAUAACCAUAAC